CCGAAUCGUUUCUACUCAGCUUGAGGAACACCAAAACCAUCCUCGCAUUUCCCACCACUGGGUCGUUGCGGGAAAACGUUUCAAUUUCGCUCAAUUGUUUAUUUAUUUUCAAUUUUUUUUUUUUUUUAUCAAUAAUAUGUAAUCGCGAUCGGUAGUUUUUUUUUUUGGUAAUUUUUCAGGAUUACAACAAAUUUUUGGAUAAACAUGUGUAUUACUGUGAUGUGAUAUGUGAAUUAUGUAGACAAGAAAGGAUUAUUGAGGAACAAUAUAAGUGGGAGGUGAAUUUGUGUUGUUUUGGGGGGUUGAAAUUAACGAGCUCGGGAGUUUAGAGUGCGCAAGGGUGUGAUGCCCUGGUUAUGGUUAGGCGUGAGUGAGGUCAGUGGCAAGAGGAGGAGGUGGUCGACGGACCGCGAUUGGAGAAAGAAUAAGAAGCUGGUAGCGGCAGGAUCAUCGUCAUCAUUGUCAUUGUACCCGGCCCUUAACGUCGCGGUACCACCACGAGGUCCGUGAUUAUGGUGUGCAAUCGUGUCCUGGUAGCAAGACCGGCGUACUUGCACCAGGUGAGUAAUAGCACUAGGCUACAGUUUCCGCGUUAUCUGAGAAUUGUGCUUGUGUUAAUUAUUCUUGGUAUACCAAGUCCUGGGAAUAAUCUUGUUUUGGCCUGCGGUCCCGGCAGGGGUGGAGGUCGCAGGCCAACCCUUCGCAAACUCACGCCCCUUGUUUUUAAGCAACAUGUGCCCAAUGUUAGUGAAAACACCCUUCCCGCAAGUGGGCUCAGCGAAGGUCGCGUGUCAAGGCACGAUUCCAGGUUUCGGGAUUUAGUGCCAAACUAUAACACCGACAUUAUCUUCAAGGAUGAGGAGGGCACUGGGGCUGAUCGUCUCAUGACACAGAGGUGCAAAGAGAAGCUGAACACAUUAGCAAUAUCAGUGAUGAACCAGUGGCCGGGAGUAAAAUUGCGUGUAACAGAGGGUUGGGACGAAGAGGACAAACAUGCAACGGACUCUCUUCAUUACGAAGGACGAGCAGUCGACGUUACCACCAGUGAUCGUGAUCGUUCCAAAUACGGAAUGUUGGCAAGGCUGGCUGUGGAAGCUGGAUUCGAUUGGGUAUACUAUGAAUCCAGAUCACACAUCCACUGUUCUGUUAAAUCUGAAUCAUCGUCAGCGGGUAAAUCGGGAGGUUGCUUCCCUGGCAAGAGUAUAGUGAGAACGAAGGAGGGUACCAAAAAGAGACUAGACGAACUGAUAAUUGGAGAUGAAAUUGCGUCGCUUAAUUCAAAGGGUGACAUUGUCUUCAGUGAAGUAAUAAGCUUCAUGGAUCGUCAACCAUCUGAGAAGAGACAAUUCAUUCGACUGACAACAGCAACGGGUAAAGUUUUAACUUUAACACCAUCACACCUUCUACCAGUUGAGGGAAAAUCGAUUAUUUUUGCCGCGAAAGUUGAAAUUGGUGAUCGUAUUUUGGUGAGGGAUUCUGAUUUAAUCAAUCAUGAUGGUCUUCGAUACGAUAGGAUAAUUGAGGCAAAACUUGUCCUUGAGGAUGGUGUUUAUGCCCCACUAACCAACGAGGGAACAGUUCUCAUUGAUGAUGUUGUUGCUUCGUGUUAUGCCAUAAUCGAAAGCCAAACUAUAGCCCAUUAUUCAUUUAUACCUUAUAGACUCUGGAGAAAUUUAAUAUCCGGAGUCAGUAGGUUUUCCAAAUUCAUCACUGAAUUUGUAACGGGAGAGUCCGAAAUUACGGAACUUGAUUCGAAUAGGCAACUACAACAACAACCGGAAGGUGUUCUUUGGUACGCUUCUAUGCUAUAUUCAUUGUCCGCAUAUGUAGUUCCUUCAAAUAUGAUGUACUGAAGAAUAUUAUUGAUUCCAACGUAUGUAAAUUUUAGAAACGUGAAAGACUGUUAGAUAUUUUAUAGAAAAGAAAAAAAAAAAGAAAAAAUGGUGAACACGACCUCUUCCUAAACAGAAAUUUCUGUUUAUUAUUAUUAAUAUUAUUAUUAUUAUUAUAUAUAUACAUUAUUUUAUGUGAUGUUAUUUAAAUUGGCCCUAUAUAAUAUACAAAUCGCUCAAUCUUUUUUCUUAUAUGGAAAUAUAUACACAGUGAAAAGGGUGUCUUAUUUUCAGUUGCAACAAUUUUUUUAUUUUUUAAAAAACCAGCAGCUCAAUUCUAUUUUUUUUUAUUAUUUUAAACCGAGAUUAUAAUCUUAAUUCAAUAUGCUAAUUUAAUUUCAAAAAAGUAUCUUAAAAUAAGAUUCUGCUUUUAAUGUGUGUAUCAAAGUUAAAUUUUACAAAACUUUUUUUCACUGAAAAAAAAAUUCUGGUUUGGCUAUAUUUAACAUUACUUUCUAGUUAUGUUAACCAGAAUUCUAGUUGAAUUAACUAGAAUUCUCGUUACAAUAACCAGAAUUCUGGUUAACCUAACCAGAAUCAAAAUGUUAAAUAUACCCUAACCAUAAUUCUGGAUAUUCUAUAAC